CCCCUAAUCUGCAUGAGGAGUUCCUGCCUGCUGUACGACUCGGUAUCUUUUCACAUUGGACUUACAUGCAACUGAGGCUGCAAUGGGAUCAAAUUUAAGUUCAAAUGAGACUAUUACGGGCACCUCAGCACCAGCGGUGAGAACGAGACCAGUAUCUCCUUUCAACUUGCUCACUGUAAAAAUACUAAGAGUGAGGAAUGCCCGGAAGGCAGACUUGUUCACCCUUUCAGACUGCUACGUGACACUGUGGCUGCCUACUGCCUCAACUGAGAAAGUUCGGACCAGAACCAUCAGGAACAGCAAAAACCCUGUUUGGAAUGAAGCUUUCUGCUAUAAGAUCGAUCGCAGAAUCAAGAAUGUGCUGGAGCUGAAGGUCUGUGAUGAAGACACGGUCACCAGGGAUGAUGAACUCUGCACAAUUCUCUUCGAUAUAGAUAAACUCACCGUAGGACGUACGGUUCGAGUGAAGUUUCAGCUGAAUCCACAGGCACGUGAGGAGCUGGAGGUGGAGUUCACAUUGCAGAACACUCCAGACUAUCCUGAUUCCAUUAUUACUAAUGGAGUACUAGUGGCACGUGAGGUUUCCUGUUUGGAGGUUAGAGUGGAUACAGGGAAGCUGAACCAGCAAUCCACAAACCAAGAGCUUACAUUUAUAGUGAAAGGAUCCCAUGAAGGAAGCCAAAAGAUUUUGCUGGACUCUGAACCCAGCCUUAACUUCAUCAUAUUUCACUGCAUCAUAAAUGACCAGACGAGACUGGAAAUUGUAUUACCAGAAGAGCUGGCAGAUAAAAAUGAAAAGGAGAAAUCUGGGGUCCUUUCUUUCCCUCUGAAUUCACUCCCUUUGCAGAAAGAAAUAACAGUAGAAGAGGAUCAUUCUUUUCACUUGUGCUUGACAGCAAGAAAAUGCUCAGGAGACCUGGAUGUGCGCUUGGGGUUUGGCCUGUGCAUGGAAGAGCAGGACUUCCUGCGGAAGAGGAAGAAAUAUGUUGCUGCUGCUCUGAAAAAGAUUCUUCAUUUAGAGGAGGACCUGAAGGAGCAUGAGGUGCCAGUUGUGGCCAUCACGACUACUGGUGGAGGGACCAGAUCCCUGACGGCAAUGUAUGGCAGCCUGCUGGGUCUCCAGAAACUCAAUCUGUUAGACUGCAUUUCGUACAUUGGUGGUUUAUCAGGUACCACAUGGACAAUGGCAAAUUUAUAUGAAGAUGCUAAUUGGUCACAAAAAUAUCUGGAGGAUGCAAUCAAGGAAGCUCGCAAGCAAGUGACCAAAUCCAAGAUCUGCUGUUUUAGUUUGGAUUGUCUGAAGUACUAUUAUAAUGACCUAAUGGAAAGGGCUAAAGAAGGACAUAACACUUCUUUCAUAGACCUUUGGGGGCUUGUCAUUGAAUCCAUGCUACAUGACAAGAAAGAUGAGCAUAGACUAUCAGACCAACGGCAGGCAGUGGAUAAUGGCCAGAACCCGUUGCCCGUCUAUGUGGCCAUCAACCUCAAGUCCAACUAUAGUGCUCAGGCAUUCAGAGAGUGGCUGGAGUUCACUCCUUAUGAAGUCAGUCUCCUGAAAUAUGGAGCAUCUAUUCCUGCAGAACACUUUGGAAGUGAGUUUUUUAUGGGAAGGAUGGUGAAGAGGCUCCCAGAGACUCGGAUCUGCUAUAUGCAAGGCAUGUGGAGUAGUAUAUUUUCCAUAGAUGCGAUGUAUGUCUGGAAUUUGGCUACUGAUUCAGAGGACUUCUGGUCUAGAUGGACCAGAGACAGAGUAAAAGAUAUUGAGGAGGAACCCUUUCUGUCCAUGAAUCCCUAUGAGGUAGACACAUGUCUAUUCACUCCCUCAAGCGCCCUCUCCUCGGCUUUGCGAGAUGUCUUGACAGGACGCCCAACCAUUGCACAGUAUCCCAAUUUUAUCAGAGGCUUACAGAUGCAUAGCAAGUACCUGGAGAGUGAAGGAUUUUCUACAUGGAAAGACACAGUGAUAGACUCCUUCCCAAAUAAACUGAUGGAAACAGCAGAUGAUGAGCUCUCCCUUGUUGAUACUGGGUUUUUCAUCAACACAAGCUACCCACCGCUUUUGAGAUCGAAGAGGGAGGUGGAUGUCCUCCUGCAUUUAAAUUACAGUGGAGGGUCCCAGGCACUGCCUCUGGAUCAGAUUGCAAAGUACAUCUCAGGGCAAGGAAUUCCAUUUCCCAAAAUUGAGAUAAGUGAAGAAGACAGGGAAAACUUGAAGGAAUGCUAUGUGUUUGAAGAUGCUGACAGUCCACAAGCUCCAACAGUGCUUUUCUUCCCCCUAGUGAAUGACACCUUCAAGAAAUAUAAAGCUCCUGGUGUGGAAAGGAGUCCUGAAGAGAUGGCUGAAGGCAAAGUUGAUGUUUCCACCAUCCUUUCCCCAUUUACUACAAGGGAGGUGUGCUUCAGUGAAGAGAAUUUUGACAAACUAGUGAAACUGACUGAUUACAAUGUCCUGAAUAAUGAGCAGUUGAUUAUUCAAGCCUUGCGUUUGGCAGUGGCACGAAGGAAACAACGGAAUUAUUAGUCACUGCCCACUAGCUUCAAAUCUCCAUGUGAUAUUUCUUGGGUUUUCUAUUGUCUGGUAAGAUCGAGGUGUUUGAUGCUUGCCAGUGAUACCUGCAGUAGAUAUCACAUCAUCCUGAGGAUGUACUGGACUCCAUUUUACUUACAUGACUGUUCAGAUGAGCAGAUUGGAAUUUACCAGUGCUUUAAUCCAAAACAAACUUCAAGGCAACAGAUUCAUGUUUUGUUUUGCUACCUUGCUACAUUACCAGUUGACAAAUAUGUAUUCCUUAUAAAUUCAAACAGCAUUGUGUAAGACAAUGAAAUAUGUAGAACAUAUAAAUGCUGCUUUGAUUCACAUUUUAAUGUCUUAUUUCUGUCUGGCAGAACAGCAAUCCAUUGAACUGGAAUUUUGCUGGUAGAUAGCUAAUUCAUUGUGCUGGUCUUGCCUGUCCUAAUUAUUGAAGGUUAUUAUUGCUGAUUACAGUGUCUGUCCACUUACGAGGUUUUUAUUUAACUGGCUUUCUUCAUGAAACUUCAAAAAUACGUUUGUUAAGUUACUAUCAGUGUUGUAAA